AUGAUGAAGACCAAACAUGAAACAACCAAAUCGCUCUCUUAUUUUCCAUCAUCAUCAUCUACACUUUCUAUUAUCAAUCUUCUAUGUUGCCUAACAUUUCUCACCCUCCCCACUUCCACUCUAUCAACAAUUCUCCACUCAAACGAAACCGAUAGAAUUGCCCUUCUAGAUUUCAAGCACCGGAUUUCCCACGACCCGCGUGAAGUAUUACUCAACUCGUGGAAUGACUCAGUGCACCAUUGUCGCUGGCAAGGAGUGAGUUGUGGCCGCCGGCACCAACGAGUUGUGGCUUUGAGGCUUCCCGAGAAGGGUUUGGUCGGAACCAUUUCUCCUCAUAUAGGAAACCUAACGUUCCGCAGGGAUUUUAAUCUUAGUGGGAAUGGAUUGUACGGUCAAGUUCCGAGUGAAAUUGGCAAAUUGUUGCGCCUGAGAUCCCUCAAUCUGUUCGCCAAUGCCCUCACCGGAGAACUCGCCGGCGUUAAUCUCAGCAGCUGUGUACGCCUUGAGCAAAUCGUGAUUUCAAGAAAUGGACUCCAUGGGAGGCUCCCCGUAAGGCUAUCCAGUUUGAAGAAGCUGAGAUCUCUUAGGCUGGGUAGAAACCAUUUCACAGGUGGGAUUCCUCCUUCUUUUGGGAACCUUUCAUCGCUCCAGUUCUUGGGUUUGGAUGAGAAUCAUUUGGGUGGAAGUGUUCCUAAUGAGAUUUCAGAGUUAUGGGGUUUGAAUAUCCUUCUUCUUGAUGCCAACAAUCUCACUGGUACACUAUCUUCAUCUCUCUUCAAUAUCACCUCCGUUAGAGUUAUUUCAAUAACGGAUAACUCACUCUAA